GUCUUCUUCUUUUCCAUCCUUCCAAUGUGCGCCAGCGGGCUCUUUUUGGUCCUGUUUGGACUUGCAGCUUCAGGGCUGCUCCGGGUCACGGGGAUAAAGAUUUACACGUCCGGAGACAUGGAGGCGGUGAACGGGACGGACACAAGGCUCAAGUGCACGUUCCAGACGUCAGCGCCCAUCAACCCACAAACUCUCACCGUGUCCUGGAGCUUCAGGCCCCUCACGCAGGGCCGAGAGGAGUCGAUUUUCCAUUACCAGCAGAAGCCGUACCUGCCGAUCGAAGGCACGUUCAGGAAGCGCGUGGUGUGGGCCGGGGACAUCAUGGGCCGGGACGCCUCCAUAAUCAUACGACAGGUGAAGUUUACCUACAACGGGACGUACACCUGCCAAGUGAAGAACCCCCCCGACGUGCACGGGACGGUGGGGGAGAUCCGGCUGCGGGUCGUCACUACAGCCUCGUUCUCCGAGCUCUUGUAUCUGGCCAUGGCGAUCGGAGGAGGCAUAGCGGCGGUCGUGGUGCUGCUGGUCAUCAUCGUGUCGUGCAGAAAAUGCAAAAAGCGUCAGUGCCAGAGGAUGGAAGGGAACGUGGAAGCGCCCCCUCAAAAAAAAGAGCGCAAAGACCCCACUGCCUGCCCCCCGUCCCGCGCCGUGCACCUUUACCUGUCCCAGACCUCCAUCGAGAUCGACAGCUCCGACGGCAUGAUUUCCGACCCCAGCACCCCCGACUCCAGCUCAUCCGAGGAGGACGAGAGGAGCACGGACGAAGACGAAGACGACUCUGACUGAUGAAGAAGAAGACCGCGCGGGGACAGAGAUGUUUGAAAUGUGAAGCUGCACAGGCUGAGGUUUUUUUUUUACUGGAGGGACGCCAAGAUGUCGCCGGGCGCCGCGCCAAGGAAGAGCUGUCAUUGAGCCUCAAAUAAAAUGAAAGAAAGGAGACGUUGGAAAGGAGGAGGAAAGUCGAAUCAGGUCAGGUUUGACAUCGGCGAAUAGCUUAAAAAACGACCGCCAGACUAAAGGACAAUGGUCGUUUUGUAUCGAUAACUGCUGCAGGGAUCCGUGUGAUUGAUCGGAGGCGUUCGAGGUUUUUCAACGCCGCAGGACUCUAUCGCUAAGAACUUUUCCGUUAAGCUGAUGUACAUAAUGGAAGCAGAUCGCAAAGCUAAACUUUAAAGGGUUUUUAUCGGUAAAACGCCAGUAAAAAGAUAAAGAAUUCUUGUUUAUUGGGGCUAAAAUGAGUCGCACAGACACUUGGAUUGUUCCAGUUUUGCUUUUUAGCUUUACUUUUGCGAAUCCUGAACAUAAAUCUUUUCGUUUGCAGCUUGCUCAGUUUGAUUUCUGCUGAAUUAAAACCACAAACUCUGUAAAAUCUAUAUUCAGUUUAUGACAAUACAGCACAGACGGGAAUUUCUUUUUAAACGCACAUUUCCUUAUUAUAAAGAGGAAAUUGAACUAUCCGAGCCUCUGUGUAGUACGGAUUUAUUUUUAUACGCUUCAUUAAAUAUUCUGCUUUUAGUGUUUACGUCGAUUCCGUUUGAGCGUUUUUUUAUGGCGGAAGUGUUGCCCGAUAAUCGCGUGUUUAAUUUAUUGAAGAAAUGGUGGCAAAAGGUGAAUUUAAAUACGUUUUCUCAACAGUUUUUGCAGUCGUGGUCCCGGGAAAGUCGACGAUAUUCAUGUUAAACAGCUGCACAAGGAUAUAAAACUACAAUUUAAACCUGGAUUGGAACUUUUUUGAGUCUUUCCAGUCCAAACGAAUCGUCUUCUUUUGAGCGACGACGUUCAUGUUCAUGUGAAAAAUUCAACGGACACGUCGUUUAACUCGAGGACCUGAUGAUUGUUUGUUCCUUUUGCACUUGUCAGACCUUCACGUGACAUUUCUUUCAUAAAAAUGUGAAUUUGUGGCUGUGAUCGUCACGAGGCCGAUCGCCGCUUCACUGAACAGCGGCGUACGUUUAUACUUUAUGUUCACACUUUAUCUGGAAUGAGCACAGAUCUGAAAACCCACCAGCGGCAAAACGUCCGUGUGUAUUUGAACGCACCGUCUGUACUAACAACUAAAAACUGUAACUGUGUUGAUCCAUUUUAAACCUGUGAUGUUUAUAAAUGUCUUUUGUCUAGUCAAUGCCAGAAGUAUUUUAUUGUAAGUCACUUUGAUAGAUUUUGUAAGAAUUUUUAAUAAAACAUCUGUACAUUUGU